UACAUUUCAAAGCCCUAACCCUAGCCCUCCACCCGCAGGAGUAAACAUAAAAGGCUCGAACUCUCCCUCAGAUUGGCUUCUUCGUUCCGCCGGCUCGCACAGGGGGAGGAUUAUUCGGAGUAUUUGGAACCUUAACCCUAGCUGUAACCAUGGUGAAUGUUCCAAAAACAAAGAAGACUUACUGCAAGAGCAAAGAGUGCAGGAAGCACACCCUUCACAAAGUAACACAGUAUAAGAAGGGUAAAGAUAGUCUUUCUGCCCAAGGGAAGCGUCGUUAUGACAGAAAGCAGUCAGGUUAUGGUGGACAAACAAAGCCUGUGUUCCACAAGAAGGCAAAAACAACAAAGAAAAUUGUGUUGAAGCUGCAGUGUCAGAGUUGCAAGCAUUAUUCGCAGCACCCAAUCAAGAGAUGCAAACAUUUUGAGAUAGGUGGAGACAAGAAGGGGAAGGGGACAUCGCUCUUCUGAUUUGCUUUGUUUGCCAUUUGAAUGCCUUGUUCUUUUUUUGGUUUGGUUGAAAAUGAACUGUAGCAACCUUUUUACUCCAUGGAAUUUUGAUUUUAACAUGAAAAUCAUAUCAAUGAUGAAUUUUCAUUGUUAUUCUCUUAAUGUCUUGGAGUUCUGUUUUUUAGUUGUCGUAUCUAUCUUCCUGUAGUUCUGUUGGAAAAUGGAAUUUACUUGUACUGGCUGUCGGAUGCUGUUUUGCUGCAAUUUGUAGCUAGAAGUUUUUGGAAAUUCAUCAUCUCAUGUUAGAUACUAGUUAUGGGCAA